AUGAUCGUCUCAAGAGUUGCCAUUACAUCAGCAAAGCCACUGAUGUCUGCCCUCAAACUGCGGACUCCAAGCAUGGUUCAAAUGCUAGCAGUAUGGCGACGACACAUCGCCACCGACCGCAGCCAUGUCCGGUCUCAGUCGGUCAGUGGAAGCCAGGACGAGCGGUUGCUGGAGCCGUUUAUUGGCAGAUGGACGGAGGUCAGUUGUGAUGGAUUCAAGGCGUUUCUCGAUGCUACGGGUCUGCCGAAAGAUCUGCAACACUUACUUCUCAAAUCUAAACUAGAGCUAAUCUACUCAAGAAAUGACAGCCAUUGGAAGAUUGAAUCGGGAUUCCAGAAUGUCGCUCAACCAGCUUCCUACACUUUCAGGAUUGGCGAAAAUUUUCUAGUACAGAUGCCAAUGGGACCUUUAAUGAAU